AUGUGCGAUCAUGUUAAACGUUUGCUACUGUCAUUCGGCGAUAACAACCGGCUCGGUGCGGCCGUUGCGUCGGCGCUGUCGGCGCCGCAAUUAACCAGUUACAAUUUUCGAUUACCGCGAAGCGUGUCGCCCCAGAGGGCGCGGGCGCGGUGGUCAGCCACGCCGACAGGUUAUGUGGGUCCAGCACCGCUGAAGGGUCCCUUCACGGGUGGCCAGACUUCAACGGACAAGGCCCGACCCGCAUCUGUCGCCAUUAUCCUUAAUGCCUCCCGACACUCGAGA